AUCGAUCAUAUCAAGAUAUAACCAUGAUAUUAUCUUCUAAAAAAAAGACGUACUAAUCAAGGUUAGUAAUUAAAUGCCCCUCAUAGUAUAUAUACAAGUAACUUGAAUUUCACAAAUCAUACUCCACAUAAACAAAAACAUCUGAAAACCCCUCCUAAACAAACUAGCAUAAAGUUUUAUAUAUCAUCUUGCUAAAAUGAGCAUUCUCCUAUCCAAAUCUUCUUCAUUAUCAUUUUUGGUGAUCCUUAUUUUCCUAGGGUCUAUUAGAUCGGUAUACCCGAGUAUUGAAUUGGAUCACUACGAUUCAAAUACUGAUAAACCUGUUUACGAUAUUGAUGUUAAGGUGUUACAAUUUGCUCAAAAUAUAGAGCAUUUGGAAGCUGAUUUCUUCUUGUGGGGUGCGCUAGGGUUUGGCCUUGACAAGGUUGCCCCUGAGCUAACCCUUGGUGGUCCACCUCCGACCGGGGCUCAAAAGGCUAAUCUUGACAACUUCACUCAAAGUUUUGUCAAAGAAUUUGCUUAUGAAGAAGUUGGACACUUACGGAUCAUAAAAAAGACAGUUGGAGGACUCCCAAGGCCAUUGAUAGAUUUAAGUCCGGAAAUUUUUGCAAAAAUUGUAAAUAAAGCAUUUGACAGUGAUCUUGAGCCUCCAUUUGAUCCAUACAGAGAUAGUGUCAGCUACGUAUUGGCUUCUUACAUUAUUCCUUAUUUGGGACUUAAUGGUUAUGUUGGUGCUAACGCACAAAUAAAAGGUUAUGUUACUCGAAGGCUUCUAGCAGGGCUUUUGGGGGUUGAAAGUGGACAAGACGCGGUGAUUAGGACGUACCUAUACGAGAGACAAGGUGACAUAGUACACCCAUAUAAUUUUACCGUGGCAGAAUUCACCGAUCGCAUUUCAACUCUAAGGAACGACUUAGGCAGGAAUGGCUUUAAAGACGAAGGCGUCGUAGUCCCAGAGAAGCUUGGGGCUGAGGGCAAGUCUACAGCAAACAUCUUAUCGGCUAAUGCCGACUCGAUUUCUUAUGCUCGAACGCCUGCUGAAAUACUUAGGGCUUUGUAUGUAACCGGUGAUGAGCACACUCCUGGUGGGUUUUACCCUAAGGGGGGUAAUGGUCAUAUUGCUAAGUCGUUUCUUAAUAUAUAA